GGUGUGAUGGCGUUGUGAUGCUGUGAUGCCCCGCGACCCCCACGAGAGACCCGAAGAUGUCACAGCGGAGUAACCGCCCACGGUCAUGGUGCCCCCGCGGGGACUCCCCCCUGCGGCUGCCGGAGGGCUCGCCGCUCCUGCCGUCCCCCGUGGCCGCCCCCGGCGUGCCCGGCCUGCCCCCGGCCGUGGCGUCGCCGCGAUCUACGCCCACGCCCUUCAAGCUCCGCCGCUUCAGCAUGGGCACCGACCGGGCCGGCUCGCCGAGCGCGUCCAACCCCGGCGCCGCCUCCGUGCUGCAGAUGACGGCGUCGCAGCUGGAGCAGCACAUAGCCGCCACGCAGGCAGCCAAGCAGGCGGCCAUGAACCUACAGCAGCAGCAACAGCAGCAGCAGUUCGCAGCACAGAAUUACCACCAGCAGUCAGCACAGGAUCACGCGCAGCAGAACUCUGACGGGCCAGCAGAACCUCUUCUGCUGCAGCAGCAGACGGGUGUGUUCUACCCGAUGCCACAGCACCCAGCCUCGCCCUCGCCGGUCCCGCAGCAGAAGACUGUGCAAGACAUGCAGCGCCCCUACCGGCACUCGCCUAUACUAUUCAGGGAUCCGGGAACGGAACCUCGCUCGCCCCCUGCAAGCCGUCCUGGGUCUGUCAUUCUCAGAGAGCGGGAUCCCAAUUCCCCCACGCCGGGUUCCCGCCCAACCUCCGCUUUGUUACGAGAACGGGAUCCUUGGUCCCCUACACCUGCAUCUCUUCCAAGGAAUGAUAGGGACCCUCGCUCGCCGACCCCAGCCAAGCCAUCGCCUCUUGUGCAAGGGGAGAGGGACUUUCGUUCGCCGACCCCGUCUCGCCCUUUCCCUUUUAGACAGAAGGAUCGGGACACCAUGUCGCCCGUCCGCCCGUCGCCCCUCGCGCAGAAGGAGAGGGACCCGAUGUCCCCCGCCCGGCCGUCCCCGUUGGCGCAGAAGGAACGGGACCACUCCUCGCCAACACCAGUCCGGUUAUUUAUGCAAAGGGAUACAAGAUCACCGUGCAAUGUAAAGCCAUCACAAAUUAUCAUGAGAGACCGCGGGCAAUAUCAGGAACCGCGCUCACCCACUUCCUCCCGCCCUUCCUCCCUCAUCUUCAAGGAUAAGGGUGAAUUGUAA